AUGAGAAGUUUAAAUACAAUAUCGUCGACAAACACAUUAGACGAUAAGUCCGAUGCCAUCACAAUAUGGCCACAAACGGACACAAAACAGUCACUGCCGGAGAUCGAUGGCGAGUGCGGUAUUAAAAAGCGGUCAAAACUGGCCCGAGUUGUGGGCGGACACAACUCCACAUUCGGUUCGUGGCCGUGGAUGGUAUCGAUCCGGAGGUUGUCCUUCUUCAAGACGUCCAGUACUCACAAAUGCGGCGGCGCUUUACUCAACCACCGAUGGGUGGCCACCGCUGGCCAUUGC